AUGGCUUCCGAAAGCUUAGAGCUCUACAUAGCGGCUUUUAGCGUGUUUGUAGCACCAAUUUUAGUCGUGAUUUGCCUACGUUUGGCCAAAUAUCUAAAAUUUUCCGAUCAAAAUGAUAAAAAUAUAGUUCUGAUUGGUUGUGAUACGGAUUGUGGUCAAGCAUUACUGCAACAGCUACUGCAACACCGCGGCCAUAUAUUCGCAACGUAUAAAGAUGAAGACAAAAUGAAAGAUUUAUUACCUGAUUCUCCUUCGAAUAUUACAUUCAUGAAAUUAGAUCCCAAUGAAACAGAUGAAAUUGACAAUACAAUUAAAGCCAUAACUAAAGAGCAAAUGCAAUAUGGUAGUAUUUGGACUCUCAUUAAUUUAACAGGUAAUGGUAUUUGCAAUGCUGCAGCUGAAUGGUGUCCAAAGGAAAUUUACUUGAACUCUGCGGAUGAUAACCUAUGGGCAUCUGUUGAGGUUAUAAGAAGAUUUUUGCCUGUUAUUAAAGAAUCUCGUGGAAGAAUAAUACAGUUAGGGUGUUCAUCGGCUACAACGAUGAGUCGAAAAACCAUAGCUUAUUGUGUAGCCAAAGCAUCAUUAAGAGCCUUUAUUGAGAGCUUAAGUAUAGAGAUGAAACGCUAUAGCGUUUCGGUCCACUGGAUAGAAUUAAAAUCAUGCUAUGAACAAUACGAGGAAGAAACUAAUGAAGCACGAAUUGACCGAUGCAAACAGCAAUUCUGGAAUGAAAUCAGUAGUCUAGCCAAAUUAAAAUUCAAUCAGCAAUUUUAUGACACAUUUGUUACAGAUUAUUCUCGCAAAAAUCAAGCAUACUUCAAGAAGAAUAUCCAUAAAAUCAUGUGGGCAAUAGAAAAUGCAAUUUUUAGCUUUAAUCCCAGUGAUGUAUAUACAGUUUAG